UCAAACAGCUUCCAGCUAUCGACUCAGUCACAUCAAUCGACUUUCAGUCUUCAAAUCCAGCUACUAAAAUGGCAUUCAAGUUCGUGGCUCUCUUCGCGUUGAUCGCUGCCGCCAGUGCCGGUGUCCUGCCUGCCGCACAGGUGUACCAUGCCGCCACACCGGUGGCUACCUAUGCAGGACCUGCUCCUGCUGCCGUUCUAAAGACCGUGGCCCAUCCGGUGCUGGCCAAGGCUGACGAGGAGUACGAUCCCCAUCCCCAGUACAAGUACGCCUACGAUGUGCAGGAUUCGCUGUCGGGUGAUUCCAAGAGCCAGGUGGAGGAGCGUGAUGGUGAUGUGGUACGUGGCGAGUAUUCCUUGAUCGAUUCCGAUGGAUUCAAGCGCACAGUUCAGUACACCGCCGAUCCCAUCAAUGGAUUCAAUGCCGUGGUUAACCGUGAGCCAUUGGUUAAGACCGUCGUCAAGGCCGUAGCUCCAGUGGCCCCCGUCUACGCAUCCUACGCCGCUCCAGCUGCUGUCUACCACCACUAAACUAGAGCCCUGCUUAGACCCAAUUUGUUGACUUAGUUGUAGG